AUGUCGACAGAAAUUGAACCUCAUAUCCUGAAAAAGUACGACAUUAGAAAGCGCCUAGGAAAAGGGGCCUAUGGUAUUGUAUGGAAAGCUAUCGAUAGGAAAACCAAUGAAAUAGUAGCAGUAAAGAAGAUUUUCGACGCUUUUCGAAAUCAAACGGACGCUCAAAGAACAUUUCGUGAAAUAUUCUUUUUACAGGAAUUUAGUGGGCUAGAUAAUAUCAUCAAAUUAAUUAACGUGAUCAAAGCUGAAAAUGAUAAAGAUAUCUAUUUAGUUUUUGAAUAUAUGGAUACCGAUCUACACAAUGUAAUUAAGAAAGGCAAUAUCUUGAAGGAUGUUCAUAAGAGAUACAUAAUGUAUCAGAUAUUAAGAGCUAUCAAAUACAUGCAUUCCGGAAACGUUAUCCAUCGUGAUUUAAAGCCCAGCAAUAUUCUCUUGGAUUCGGAAUGUUUUGUCAAGGUUGCAGAUUUUGGUUUAGCAAGAUCGCUCAAAAGACUAACCGAAGAAGUAGCAAACCCUAAUUUAACUGAUUAUGUAGCAACAAGAUGGUAUCGUGCACCUGAAAUUUUACUAUCAUCACAAAGGUAUACUUUUGGAGUAGAUAUGUGGUCUAUUGGGUGCAUAUUAGGAGAAAUAUUAAUAGGUAAAGCACUCUUUCCAGGAACUUCAACUCUAAACCAGGUAGAAAAAAUUGUUCAAGUUAUUGGACAUCCAAGGAGUGAAGAUAUCCAAGAUCUGGAAUCUAAUUACGCUGCAUCCUUAUUACAUCAAAUUAAGACAUAUCCAUCAACGUCCCUAGGAGGUUUAUGUGCAGGUGUACCUGAUGAUGCGAUGGACUUAUUAAAGAAGUUGCUCCAUUUUAAUCCCAAGAAACGUUUAACUGCUGAACAAGCGCUAAAACAUCCAUAUAUCAGAAGGCAAAUUACAUUUAUAUAG